AUGGGCUUCUUUGCGGAAGGGAGCAUUGAAAGCAGCCGAAGUAUUGCUACAAUAAUGAACGAACUCACAUCACAGGUCAAAGCUAACGGCCUUGGUGAAGUAACUCUGGUUCAAAGAUGUGGCAAAGGCAUAAACGGCAACUAUACACUGGGCUUAGUCGUUAAUGCAGACGGGGAUCUAGCCUCUGUUCAACACACUCUACAGACUUGGAAUAAUGCCACAUGUGUGCAGGGCCUAGCGAGCACGAAACAAAGCAGCGUCACCAUAUUUUCAAAACCAACGAUCAAGUCCAGUGUUUCAACUCGCGGCAUUAAGCCUAGAGAUGGGACAUGCUCGACAAUUCAAGUUGUGUCUGGGGACAGCUGCGGCUCCUUGACUGCUGAGUGUGGCAUUUCGGCGCAACAAUUCGCUCAGUUCAACCCCAGUUCAACCCUAUGCUCAACUCUAGCAGUGGGCCAAUAUGUCUGCUACACUUCAGGCUCUUUAACUGACCGCAGUCCCAAACCAAAUCCCGAUGGAUCGUGUGCUAAAUACAACGUACAGCCUGGUGAUUACUGCUCCUUAAUUGCAGCUGAAAAUUCCAUCGCCACCGAUGACAUUGAAAACUUCAACAAGAACACAUGGGGCUGGCAAGGAUGUGGUAACGUCCAACUGGGUCAAAUUAUAUGCCUAAGUAUAGGUUCCCCUCCAUUCCCUGCUGCAGUCUCGAAUGGAAACUGCGGACCUCAGGUGCCUAGAACUCAGUCUCCUGCCGACUUCUCUACAAUAACGGCUUUGAACUCUUGUCCGUUGAACGCAUGCUGUGAUAUCUUCGGACAGUCCGGCAUCACUCCAGACUUUUGUACCGCUUCUCAGUCUGCAACAGGCGCUCUGGGAACCUCCGCUCCAGGCACAGCUGGAUGCAUCUCUAAUUGUGGCAUUGAGAUUGUUAAUAAUAUCAAUGGGCCAUCGGAAUUCAUCAAGGUGGGCUACUGGGAGUCAUUUGGCCUCGAUCGACCUUGUCUCCAGAUGCCCGUUUCUGCGAUUCCCAGUGGAUACACUCAUAUUCAUUACGCUUUUGCUACUCUGACCUCGGACUUUCAAGUUGAAGUGUCGGAACAACAAGAUGCCUUUAACCAGUUUGCUUCUGCUAAUUCCUUCAAACGUAUAUUGUCCUUUGGUUACUGGUUGUUCUCCACGGAUGUUGACUCGUUCCCCAUCUUCCGCGAGAGUGUUACCGAUGCAAACCGCCUGACAUUUGUCCCCAGUGUUGUGGAUAUAGUUAAUAACAAACCGGAUAGCACCAAGGAUGACCAGUUUAUCGAAUCAAUAUUGUCCGUUUUCAAACAUCAGUUUGUAGACAAUAUUGACGAUGAAAGCAAAAAUGCUGAGUACUUCCUGAAGGACAACGAGUUGCUGACAAAUCGUCUCAUCGACGCUCAAAAUGUCAAUGGCUUCAUUCAUUCCAACUUUGCGGAAGCGGACCGAAAGCAAGAGCCUCUUGGGGAAGCCGGCCGACCAAUUAUGCUGGAUACUUCUUCUCCGGGACCAUUGAAUGCCCUUCACUUUGCAACAGAUCCUGUUUGGGCCCGCCCAAUGGCUGAAAACGAGGUGGAAGUGGAAAUCAGAGCUGUGGUCUUAACUUCCGUGGUGUCCUCAUUGCCAUGGGAGAGUAUGUGGCAGCAUGUCUUGGAAACGAAGCAGCGGGCUAUGUCUCUCACAUUGGAUCUUAAAGUUACCAACGUCCAAGUCGGCGACAGAGUGGUGUACAUGAGCGGACUUGUUGACGGUGGUUGUCUCAAGACGUUUGGGAGGCAAAGUGCAGAUGCCGUGGUAAAGCUCCCAGAUUCUGUGAGCUUCGAAGAUGCUGCUAGUCUCCCAUGCGUUUAUUCCACGGCAAUCCACGGGCUCUAUCACAUUGCACAUUUAUCCGAGGGAGAGACAGUCCUCAUCCAUGCUGCAGCUGGCGGCGUUGGUCAGGCUGCUAUCCAAUUAGCCAACCUGGUUGGCGCGGAGGUCUUUGCCACAGUAUCUACACCGGAAAAGCGAGAUCUUCUUAUCAACGAGUACGGAGUGAAGAAGGACCACAUCUUCUCCAGUCGAGACUUGUCCUUUGUGAAAGGCAUCAUGCGCAUGACGAACAAUCGUGGCAUAGAUGUGGUCCUCAACUCGCUGUCGGGCGAUGCUCUACGUGCUUCUUGGGAUGUGCUGGCCCCGUUUGGCCGAUUCAUUGAAAUUGGCAAAAAGGAUGCCCAGUCAAAUGGAAGAAUCGACCUUAGCCCUCUGUUGCGCCAAACAGUAAUGGCAAGCGUUGAUUUGACAAUCAUUAUGAAUUAUAAGCCGGAAAAGCUUGGGCAACUAAUCACUGAAACUGUUCGACUGUUUGCUGAAGGCAAAGUACGAUUGGCCAAACCUACUAGGGUUAUGGAUUACACCCAGAUCGAGGAAGCUUUCCGAUCCCUGCAAUCUGGCAAGAGUAUGGGCAAAACUGUGUUCAAACCAAAUCCGACUGAUAUUGUUCCAAUUAUUCCUGAAAAGUCAUCUCCGUUACAAUUUGACCAGAACGCUUCUUACGUGUUAGCUGGCGGCCUUGGAGGUCUCGGAAGAAGUAUAGCACGCUGGAUGGUGUCACGGGGAGCAAAGCAUCUCAUUUUCAUCUCUCGAUCGGGGGCAGCAGGCGAAUCUGCUCAAGGAAUCGUGCAAGAGUUGGAAGCGACUGGCUGCAACAUUCAUAUCUUCGCUUGCGAUGUUAGCGACGAAGUUUUGCUAUCCUACAUCAUAGACCAGUGCAAAGCAAAUUUGCCUGAAAGGGCUGCGUUCAAGGACUCAAUGUUCGAAAAUAUGACAUACGAAAACUUUCAGGACGCAUUGAGACCCAAGUUCCGAGGCUCCUGGAAUCUUCACAAGCUGCUCCCCGCAAGCAUGGAUUUCUUCCUUCUUCUCUCAUCGAUGAUGGGAAUUCUAGGCAACCGAAGCCAAGCAAAUUACGCAGCGGGCAACACCUAUCAAGAUGCGCUAGCUAUACACAGGCACUCAUUGGGGCUUCCUGCUACCAGUAUUGACUUGGGAAGUAUUCUCUCAGUAGGCUACGUGGCUGAGAAUAAGUCUCGCCUCAAAACGGUCCCCUCCAUUUCUUCCGUGCUUGAAUCCAUUCGUGAGGAUGAGAUUCACUUGAUACUUAAAUACCAUCUCGAUCAGCGACAUCCUGGAUCAAGCCAGACAGUUUCUGGACUGACAAAUGCUGCAUUGUACAAGCAGCGUCGCAUGCCGGUGCCCACUUACCUCAAGCUGCCUCUAUUCCGACAUCUCCAGAGUGAAACAAGCGCAGCGAAUGAUGCUGUUGACGACGACCCUAUCUUACUGGUACCAAUCCAACUAGCCACAGCAACAGCAGCUGAUGAAGCCGUCGUAAUUGUCUCAAACGGGAUUCGACUGAAGCUUUCAAAGCUUUUAUCAAUGACCGCCGAUGAUAUCGAUCUAGGCAAAUCAAUUAGCUCCAAUGGAAUUGACUCUUUGGUCGCUACAGAAUUCAGAACAUGGCUCGCGAGGACGUUGGAGGCUGAUUUGCCUGUGCUGGAUAUCAUGGGAACUAGUAGUAUUCUUACUUUAAGUGAGAAAGUUGUCAGCCUCAGCAAGUUGGUUCAGGUUGCAACUAGCAGCUAG